UGGUUGAAGGGAGGAGAGGCUGGGAACGGGAGAGGAUCCGCCAUUAUUGGGAAGCUGAAAAACCCCGCACUUACGCACACACACGUUCAGGCGCACACACUCUCCAGAAAUGAUCGCCUUGCGCGUUGCGUCAGCUCCGAUGUGUUUUCCGCAAAUAGAAAUCUGCGCUUUGUUGCUGUAGAGUUUUAUUACACCGUCCUGCCGAGACGCUUAAAAACACGGACACGGAAAAAGAAGUCGGGAUGUUUUUUUGGGCACAACAAAGGAAAUAAGAAGAAGUGGUGAAAAGAGCGUGCUGGACGCAGGGAGCACACGCACAACCCGAUACCAGUCUCUCUCUCUCUCUCUCUCUCUCUCUCUCUACGCCCCCCUCCUUUCCCAGCAGAAACACAGGGAGAGAUCCGGACAUUCCGGCUUGUUUUUCUUCACUGUUUGAUUCGCCUGUUUUCUGUUUCACUAACAAUAACAGCAACACGGGCGCAAAACAACAAAAAAAAAAACGCGCAGAAAACUUUGUUCCAUGGAUUCAUAAUUGUGGGAAGAGUAUUGUUGAGACUCCAAAAAAAAAAGGAAGAGAAUUAAAUGAACGUGACUACAUGAGAAGUGUUAAUUCUAGUGUUUCUGAAUCUAAAACGAGAGAAAAAGGAGUGGAGAAGACAGACAGACAGACAGACAGACAAUGCUGUGGUGCUAAUAAUUCUGGAGGGCAAUUGCGGCAGAAGAGAGUUGGCGGAAGAACUGAAGAGACAGCAACUAAAGACAAUUGGAGCAUAUAUUCAAGGAUAAACCCAAGAACUUGUUUCUACUACAGAACACUUGUGAAGAAAUGGGCUGGAAUUGUACUGCCUCCAUCACAGCAUUCUAAAUACACAUUGGACCUUCUCCCCUUCCUCCCAAUUACCCAACCUCCCACUCACAGGCUUUUUGCCUCGUUGCUCUACAAAGAUCCUGCAUUUUUGCUCUAAGUGCACAAAUGACACUGUAUUUAAGAUUUGGUCACUAAGAGUAUUGAAUACACUGUACCACCCCCUAAACAAUUAAGAAGUUGAGGACCUUUUUAUGUUCUGAAUGUGUUUGGAUGGAUUAACAACCCAGUAGCUUUCAAACUAGAGCUUCUGGGAAUGGCAAGAUGAGUGGCCUCAAACGAUAAUUAUGGCAAAAAAACAAGAUCCCCGGGCACCAACCUACAACCUAGUUGUAGUAGGUUUGUCCGGGACUGAGAAAGAGAAAGGGCAGUGUGGGGUAGGAAAGUCCUGCAUUUGUAAUCGCUUUGUACGGCCCAGCGCUGAUGAUUUUUAUUUGGACCACACCUCCGUUCUGAGCACUAGUGAUUUUGGUGGUCGAGUGGUAAACAAUGACCACUUUUUGUUCUGGGGUGAGGCAACACGAACAUUGGAGGAGGGACCUGAAUGCCGAAUACAUGUGGUGGAGCAGACCGAGUUCAUUGACGACCAGACAUUCCAGCCACAUCGGAGCACUGCACUGCAGCCUUAUAUUAAGAGGGCAGCUUCCCCCAAACUGGCCUCUGCUGAAAAGCUCAUGUAUUUCUGUACUGAUCAGCUGGGUCUUGAACAGGACUUUGAGCAAAAACAAAUGCCUGAAGGAAAGCUUCUUGUAGAUGGGUUUCUUCUUUGUGUUGAUGUAAGCAGAGGAAUGAACCGUAAUUUUGAUGACCAGAUGAAAUUUGUUUCCAACUUGUACAACCAGUUAGCAAAGACUAAGAAACCAGUUGUACUCGUGUUGACCAAGUGUGAUGAGGGAGUUGAGCGAUAUAUUAAGGACGCUCACACCUUUGCCCUGGCCAAGAAAAAUGUGCAGGUAGUUGAGACUUCAGCACGCUCUAAUGUCAAUGUUGAACUUGCCUUCCUCACCCUAGUGCAGCUGAUAGAUAAGGGUCGAGGAAAACCGAAGAUCAUCCCUUACUUUGAGGCCCUGAAGCAGCAGAGCCAGCAGAUAGCAUCUGCUAAAGACCGCUAUGAGUGGCUUGUCAAUUGCAUUGUGAAGAACCACAAUGAAACAUGGCCCAACAUCAAUCGCAGAAUGCAAAGUUCCCCAGAAUACAAAGACUAUGUCUUCCUUGAGGGUACUUCCAAAGCCAAGAAAUUAUUUCAACAACAUGUGCACAGGCUCAAACAGGAACACAUAGAAAAACGACGCAAGGUUUAUUUAAGUACACUUCCACAGGCUCUAUUUUCUUUGGUACCAGCUUUAGAUGAGAUUGACCACUUGAGCUGGUCAGGGGUACAGAAGGUUUUAGAGACGAAACGUGGGUUCUCAACCUGGUUCGUUAUUUUAGAUGACACACCGUGGGAAACUACGCCACAUAUAGAUAACAUGGAAGAUGAGCGCAUACCCCAGGAUCUUUUGGAAACCCCAGCUGCAGAAGUCAUCUAUGAAAGUCAUUUAGAGCACCUGAGAAAUGAGAGGAAACGAGCAGAAAUGCGUAGAGAAUUCAAAGAGAAACUGGUUGCAUCUCCAUUUGUCACUCCUGGCAAGCCUUGGGAGGAGGCUCGAAGCUUUAUAAUGAAUGAGGAAUUUUACCAGUGGCUGGAGGAACCGGAGUAUCUAGAUAUUUACAACAAGCAUCAGAAGGAGAUUAUUGAUCAAGCCAAAGAGGACUUCCAAGAGCUUUUGCUAGAGUAUUCGGAGCUGUUCUAUGAGCUUGAGGUAGAUGCCAAACCCAGCAAAGAAAAAAUGGGAGCAAUUCAAGAGGUUCUUGGAGAGGAACAGAGAUUUAAGGCCCUCCAAAAACUUCAAGCUGAGAGGGAUGCGCUUGUACUCAAGCAUAUCCAUUUUGUCUACCAUCCAACAAAGGAGACCUGCCCUAAUAGCCCUUACUGUGUGGACAGCAAGAUUGAGCAAAUCUUGGCCUCAAAAUUUCCUACUCGGUAUGCAUUUGAUGGCACCUUAAAGUCACAGUAUGGUGAGGGAAAAGUGGACAGGAUUAAUCUUGUAAUCCUUGGAAAAGAUGGACUUGCAAGGGAGUUGGCCAAUGAGAUUAGAGCAAUGUGCACCAGUGAUGACCGAUAUACACUAGAUGGAAAAACGUAUGAACUAGCGCUUCGGCCUAUAGAAGGCAAUGUACGCUUACCAGUUAACUCUUUUCACACACCUACUUUUACCCCACAGGGAUGCCUUUGUCUCUAUAACUCUAAAGAAUCAUUAUCCUAUGUCGUUGAAAGCAUUGAGAAGCUUCGAGAAUCAACCAUAAGUCGAAGGGAUAACAGCUUGGCACAGCUCCCCAUGUCACUUCUAUUGGUCACCAAGAGAGGAGUUGGAUCAAUUGGGGAUAUUGGAGGAGAAACUGCCCAAAGUUUAAUAAUACAAGGGCAACAAGUUGCUGGGAAACUGCAGUGCACUUACCUUGAUCCUGCUUCUCCAGGUGCAGGCUAUGCACGCAAUCUAAAUGAAAAGCAGAUCAACCAAGUCCUAAAAAGCCUCUUAGAUAUACAGAGAUCAUCUUGCAGUCUUGGAAGUAGCUCCCCUCCUUUGCCAGCUCCACGUGCCCGUUUUAGAGACUCUCAUGCUCAACAGACUUUGGAGGCUGAUUUACAUGUUGUAAUGUGCGUCAUGUGUGGAGACACUUAUGAUGUAGACCAACUUUUAUCACCAUUCUUACAUUCUCAACACUGCAGACCUUCUGCCAACCUAUCAAUUGGCACAUCAGUGUUGUUGGACCUUACUAUUGGUAGCCAAAGACAAACCAUUGACCUAGCUGUGCUAUCAUAUCAUUCUGCUUUUUCUUUACGCAAGAGCCGCUUAGUGCAUGGAUACAUUUCAGUAUACUCUGCAAAACGCAAGGCUUCCCUAGAAACACUUUGCGCCUUUCUUUGUGAAGUGCAAGACAUUAUACCUGUGCAGCUGCUGGCAGUUGGGGAGAGUCAAGCGGAGCUAACCGAAUUGAAUGUAGCACGUGAUCAACUGCUUGAAGGGGAGGAGUUGGCUCAUGAAAUUGAGGGCCGUUUCAGUUCUGUUGUCUGUGGACCUGGUGGGGUAGUGGGUGGCUUACAUCGAAUAGAUCUCUUCCAGCCCUUCUUAAAGGAGGUAGUUGAAAAAAGGACAAUUGUAGAGGCCACACAUAUGUAUGACAAUGUAGCAGAGGCCUGCAGUACCAAUGAGAGUGUCCAUUCACCUCGUUGUGGGUCACCAAGUAUUCCCUUGCUGGACUCUGAAGAUGAUGUCGAGCCCUCACCACCUUACCCCAUCUAUAGAGAUGAUAGCACUUUGACUCAUGGCUUUAAGUAUUCUGACCUGGAAAGUAGCGAUACCUUCAGCGUUAUUUCUGAAAUCAGUACCUUUGAAAGCAAGCUUAACAACAAAGUUCCGCCACAGGUGCGACCCAAGCCUACAGUUACAUUUGGGAAAGUUAGUCUCGGCUCCUACAUGGACCAUGGAGGUAACAGACGUUCAUUACCUUCAGUCACAUGGCCUCCAAGCAGUGAUGGUGGUUAUGAUCCUUCUGAUUAUUCUGAGCCAGUAGAUGCUGUACCUAAGCACCGCCCCACAGAAGAGGAAAACAUUUACUCAGUCCCACAUGAUAGCACACAGGGUAAAAUCAUUACCAUUCGCAAUGCAAACAAGAGCCAUUCUAAUGGUGGGGGAAAUGGCUCAGACAGUGAGGCAGACAGCAGUUCACUAGAGCGCAGGCGCAAAUUGUCUGCUGUUGGAGUCAAGCCACGAUUAUACCGCGAUCGCUCUAAACGUCUGGGGAAAUUCAGUAAUUUCCGCACAAGUUUUAUUGGCAGUGAUGAUGAGCUUGGAGGUCCACCCAAAGCCAAAGAAGACGAGAUUGGGAUACAGAAGGGGGAUAAUUCUUUGAACGAAGAGUGUGAGGACCCUAAGAGAAACAAAAUAUUGAGGAGUCUACGCAGAACUGGCAAGAAAACCAGGCCAAAGCCACGCCAGUCCAUUUCUAAACCACUGGAGAGUAACUACUUUGGUGUGCCGUUGGUCAACGUUGUCACACCAGAGCGUCCCAUCCCACUGUUCAUUGAGAAGUGCAUCCGUUACAUCGAACUGACUGGUCUGACCACAGAGGGAAUCUACAGGGUGAGUGGCAAUAAAGCUGAGAUGGAGAGCAUACAGCGGCAAUUUGACCAAGAUCCUACUUUGGACCUGGUGGAGAAGGACUUCUCUGUGAACACUGUAGCUGGAGCAAUGAAGAGCUUCUUUUCUGAGCUGCCAGACCCUCUGGUGCCCUACAACAUGCAGGUGGAGCUGGUGGAGGCCUUUAAGAUCAAUGAUCGAGACCAGCGGUUCCUCGCCAUGAAGGACGUGCUGCGCAGGUUCCCCCGAGAAAACUACGAAGUCUUCAAAUACGUCAUCAGCCACCUGAACAAGGUGAGCCAGAACAGCCGUGCGAAUCUGAUGACCAGUGAUAAUCUAUCCAUCUGUUUUUGGCCCACACUGAUGAGGCCUGAUUUCACCACCAUGGAUGCGCUGACAGCAACGCGCACUUACCAGACAAUCAUCGAGACCUUCAUCUACCAGUGUGCUUUCUUCUUCUACAAUCAGCCCCUGGUAGACAACCCGAGCAGCCUGUCUGGGCUACCAGGAUCCCCCACUGCUACCCUGUCCUCCACCUCAUCCGUGUCCGGCUCCGCCUAUUCAUCCUGUUAUAGCCCGGCCCAACAUGUAGCCAUGCCCUUCAGCCUGUCUCAGCAAUCCCCACCCCAUUCUCCUCCCCCUACUCCACAAUCACCUAUCCAGAGUCUACUGCCUCCAAUGCACCCGCACCACGCACCGACGGAACAACACACACUGUGAAGCAGAGAGGGAUGUGGAAAGGGAACGAACAUAACCAAGAAGUUCUGAAAAUUGGGAAAGAGUUGAGUUGAAAAGUAGCAUUUACAGAGAUUACAUAAACGGAAAUUGAUUUUUAGAAAAAAAUGAAUGAGAUUUGAGGAAAUGUGCCUGCAAGUGAUAAAGAAUGCAAAGAGGGAAGAUAGAGAGUGUUAGACAUGGUGAGAAGGUCAAGCCACUUCAGCUGUGAGACUCUCCAGUGACGCUCAUCUUCCUCAUUUAUAGAUCACUGCACUCAUCUAAUUUCUCCUCAUAAUAUAAAUGAGAAUCAUACACACGUUCUUACCUUAUAUACAGAAAAAAGGUCAUGGGUCAGCACAGGACAGACAUGAUAAGAGGAGUGUGUGGCUGAAGCCUGUGGUACCUGACCCAUACUGAUUUACCAGAGAGGUUUCUGAGUAGAAGCAAUUGAUAUGUGGGGGAAAAAGAUAGAAAUCUGAACUAAACUCUCCACACAGUCGAUUAUCUGCUCUACAUAAGCUCUCAGGCCCUUGUCCUGUCGCCACCAAUAGGAAGAAAGCUAAAUCUGGCAGGAAGCCAUUCUUAGCAUUCUCAGCAUUUUUUUUUUCACCUUUCAGCCACUAUUAUCACAUUUUAAAGACUUAUUCCAGCAACUGAAAACACAACAACUCUGUCAGCCACAUUCCUCUUUUUUCUGUCUGAAUGAGUCUCAUUUAAAGAGGAACAUGGUUAAAGAAAACAGUCUGAACAAGAACUUGACUAACUGGAUCUGGUUUCAUUGGCAGUGGACUACAGUAAACUUUGGUACUUUUUUUUUUUUUUUUUGCAUAGCAAUCUGAGAUUUGAAGUCUUCUCAGCAUCUCUUUGCCUUCGCAAUGAACCAGAAUCUCAAGACUAGUUUUCAUUUCUGUUCUGGAAGAAAAAGAAAAAAAAGAAACUGUGUUUCUUGAUUUGGAGUGUGUUUUCUUGAUGCGUCAGUCAGGGUUCAGUUUGUGUUCCACUUUGAUAACGGAUCUCAGUGAGAUUCUUCAUUAGAACUGAUGUGGAAUGAUAAUGCAGUAGUGAGCUGAAACAUUAAUGUGUCUGUGCGAUUAUGCGGUCAUGUGCAUACCUGCCUGAAUGUACACUUUAUGCUUGUGAAAUAUCACAGUGAGAUUUUGGCAGCUUUCAAAAGUGUGUCCAGUAGAUUGGUUUUGACGGAGGAAAAAGAGAUGUGAACGUUUAGAAGUAUAAAGGUGGUGAUUUUGGUUGUCUGUGUGUUAACAUUGAAAGGAAAGCUGCUUUGUCUAAAAACAUACUUGCAUCACUCAUUCCAAACUCUGCUGCACUAUUCCUUUUAAGAAACUUCCAAAAAGAUUUUAAAUCGACUUUUGCUCAGUCAGAAAUGCUUUGUGUCUGAAGGAGAGUAGUAAGGAAGAGAAAGACUUAAAGGGAAAGACCCUCAGUGGUUUGGUUUUAUAGUCUUUUUGUUUUGUUUUGUUUUUUUUUCCUCUUUCAGAUUUCGUCUUUGUGCUCAUACUUGGGUGUGCUACUGCCAUCUUCUGUGCCAACAAGGUACUGCACCUCAGACUGAGGCAACCUGCAGUUUUUCUAUCUACCUUAGACAGAGUCCAUUCCCCAUCUUUUUUUUCCCUAUCCCAUCAAAUAAGAGCUUCGCACAGCAUCAUCACAGAGAUAUCUUUAACAACCUGCGUUCCUCAACAAUACUUUUCACCACUUCAUAUUCUACUUUGUAUUCUCAGGUCGCUGCAGUGAUAAUGGCUCAUUAACCAUCAAUUCUUCCUAAUUGUCCACUUCAUAAAAUUUUCUGUCAUGCCUGAUGUAAAUUCUAUAAAAAUCAUUAUGCUGAUGUGCUCAACAGGCUGAGUUUUGGAACUAAACAGGGAUUUUUAGGACAGUAAAAGUAGAUAUUUUAAUUGGAAUUUGUAGGUCUGUAAUGAAUCUGACCUGAACUGCCCACUACAUUCGCCCUGCCAGUCAGCAUCACAUUAAGCGUCUGAUUGGCUGUUUGAAAUCUCAACAUGAUUUCUGCCCACUCUUAUAGCACGACUUGCACCGCAGCUAUUUGUCUUCUUUUCAGUUAACAUGGUGUUUUUUGGGAAAAUAGGUAGAAAGAUCCAAACUCUCCUGGUACUUUGCAGUUGAUUGCCACAUUCUCUGUGAAAUCAUACAUUAGCGUCAUAAUACAAAAUGUAUCCUUAGCAGCCAAAGAGCAAAAAUGUGAGAGACGAGGGAGGGCAUCAAAUGGGAAUUAAAAUGUGAUGUUUCAGCAAUCUUAUGUGGCUGCAUUUUUUUCCCUUUUAGUUUUUUUUUCUUUUUUUUCAACAGUGGUGACCAAUUAAGUUAAACAAGAUGCAAACAAAGCUAUAUUCAACAUGGUUGUUUAUUUGUAUGUUAGGGGGUCUAACACUUUGCCCUGUAGUCAAUGGUGAUAGAAAAAAAAGGUUUCUUUUUAUGUUUUAUUUUAAUAAUUAAAAAAGACCAUUUUUAACAAUUUUGUGAAUGGUGUAAAGGCCAUAUGAUGUAGUGCAUGAUUCAACUCCCGAGUCUGGGAGUUGGGACCUUCACCUCUUCGUAUUUAAUGGAGAAAAAAACAACAUUAAAUGAACAAAAAGAAAAAGAAAAAAAAAAAAGAAAAAAAUCAUGAAGUAAACUGAGAAGAAACAAAAAUCAUGACUUUAUUUGCUAUGGUCAUUUGUCUCAGUGGGAAUGGUGUACAAACUGUAAGGCCUUAUGUGAGCUGUAUUAUAGUUAAUAAAACAAUCUUGUAAUAUG